GUAUGAAAUCAUGUUCAAUGCACCAAAUAGGCUAUAAUGAGAUACCAAAAUAAUUUAAGUUUUGAAAAUGCCUUGGCUCAUUGCACUUCAGGAAUUUUAAGGAUCACCAAAUAGAGGGCUUUCAAAAAAAAGACAAAGUUUUCCCUUUUAAUUUUAAACUUCAGUCUAGGCACAUUUUUGCCCAAUUUUAGAACAGGAUAAAAGCUGUUGAAUUCAAGUUAUUAAAAAUUUCAAUCAAGAAAUCUUUGGAGGCCAAUAUCAGAACAUCCUUCAAAAGGGGAAACCCUCACAAGACCUCAGGGCCUGAUGUUAUAGCAGGCCAGGUAUUGAAAAUCUGUACCAACCAACUGGCUGGAGUGUUCAAGGACACCUUCAACCAAUCACAGCUGUGGUCUGAGAAUUCCCUCCUCCCUCCCCUCCACCCCCAUUUCAAAAGGGCAACAAUUAUACUGGUGCAGUGUGAGCUGCAUCAACGACCAGCAAUUGGUGUUUCAAGAGACUGAUUAUGGCUAGAAUUAACUCCUGCCUGAGCAAGGACCUGGACCCACUGAAACUGGCCUACUAGCACAACAGGUCUACAGCAAAUGCAAUCUCACUGACUUUCCACUCUGCUUUGGAGCAUGCAGCCAAUAGUAAAACAUACAUCAGGCUGCUGUUUAUUGAUUACAACUCACUGCUCAAUACCAUCAUCCCCCCAGUAUUUAUCACCAAGCUUCUAAAUCUGUGCCUUUCAACCUCCUGCAAUUGGAUCUUUGACUUCAUUGUUGGGAGACCACAGCAUAUAUCAGUAAUAACAUUUCCCUCUUUGCUGACACUCAAAAUAGGCACAGCUCAAGGAUGCGUGCUUAGCCGAUGCUCUAAUCUCUCAACACUCAUGACUGUGUGGCUAAGCACAGCUCAGACAGUAUCUGUAAAUUCACAGAUGGCACCACUGUUAUUGGUAAAAUCUCAGAUGCUAAUGAGGAGGCAUACAGGAGAGAGAGAGAUAAAUCAGUUGUUUGAGUGUGCAGCAACAACAACAUUGCACUCAACAUCAACAAGACCAAGGAAUUGACUGCACUUCAGGAAGGGGAAUUCAGGAGAACAUGCAUCAGUCCUCAUUGAGGGGGUCAGUGGUAGAAAGGGUAAGCAGUUGUAAGUUCCUGGUUGUCAGCGAGUGUCUCAGUGGACCCACUACGGGCUCAACACACACUCAUGCAAUAAAGAAUGCACACCAGUGGCUCUACUUUGUUAGGACUUUUAUGAGAUUUAGUAUUUCAAUGAAGACUCUUACAAAAUUCUAUGAACAUACAGAGGAAAACAUUCUAACUAGUUGCACGACAGCCAUGUAUCAUGCUUCGAUGAAGAGGAUUGCAAGAAGCUGCAGACAGUUAUGGAAGUCAGCCAGUUUAAUCACAAGUAUCACCCUCCUCACCAGAAGUCACCUUCACGAGGCAGUGCUUCAAGAAGGUGGCAUCUAUCACUAAGGACCCACCCCAUCUGGCUUACUACCAUCAGGUGUGUGGAAUAGGAGCUUGAAGACCCAUAUUCCAAUGAUUCAGAAACAGCUUCAGCUAUGCCAUCAGGUUCCUGAAUGGUUCAUGAACAUUACAUAAUUUUUUUGCACUAUUUACACAACUCAUAAUUUAUAGUGUACCAUAGAGCCCACUGUAUAUUAUGUGACUACUUUAUGUUGUAGUAACACAUCGUUGAGCAUGCGCUAUUAGGCGCGUAUUGAUCUGUACGUGUGUGUUCAGUUCUGUUUCAGUCAGUAAAGAACCCUGUUAACUUAACUCCCGUCUCCAGCGUUCUGUUUUCUUAGUCGAAGCAGGCGUGAAAUGCACCGAGCUCAUCUGCGAGCUUGGAUUUACUUUGUAGAAGGUCAUAGUAUUCAACCUUUGCCACAGCUGUCAGGCAUCCUUCUGUGAUUCAUGUUUGGUCCAGAAUUGGCACUUUGCAUGUGAGUUACCUGCACCUCUUGUAUCUUACAUGGUUGCCAGUCUUGAAUGCCACUGAUCUGUCCCACAACAGAUUGCGGGUCUCUUUUCAAACUCCAAAGUUUGUAACUCCACAGUUGAUUAUUGCCACCAAUGUCUUCGGUAUACAGAAUUAAUGCUUGCAAGUGGGCACAAUGAAUAUCAAUACUGAAAUGAUUUAUUAACAAUGCUGAAGAAUUAACAGUAAAAUUAUGUGCACAUUGUUCUAACAAAAGUGGAUAAAUGUGAGGUUAUCCACUUUGGUGGUAAGAACAGGAAGGCAGAUUAUUAUCUAAAUGGAGUCGAGUUAGGAAAAGGGGAAGCACAACGAGAUCUAGGUGUUCUUGUACAUCAGUCACUGAAAGCAAGCAUGCAAGUACAGCAGGCAGUGAAGAAAGCUAAUGGCAUGCUGGCCUUCAUAACAAGGGGAAUUGAGUACAAGAGCAAAGAGGUCCUUCUGCAGCUGUACAGGGCCCUGGUGAGACCACACCUGGAGUACUGUGUGCAGUUUUGGUCUCCAAAUUUGAGGAAGGACAUUCUUGCUAUUGAGGGAGUGCAUCGUAGGUUCACAAGGUUAAUUCCCAGGAUGGCGGGACUGUCAUAUGUCGAAAGAUUGGAGCAACUGGGCUUGUAUACUCUGGAAUUUAGAAGGCUGAGAGGGGAUCUUAUUGAAACAUAUAAGAUUAUCAAGGGAUUGGACACAUUGCAGGCAGGAAGCAUGUUCUCGCUGAUGGGUGAGUCCAGAACCAGAGGCCACAGUUUAAGAAUUAGGGAUAGGCCAUUUAGAACGGAGUUGAGGAAAAACUUUUUCACCCAGAGAGUGGUGGAUAUAUGGAAUGCUCUGCCCCAGAAGGCUGUGGAGGCCAAGUCUCUGGAUGCUUUCAAAAAAGAGAUGGCUAGAGCUCUUAAAGAUAGUUGAAUCAAAGGUUAUGGGGAUAAGGCAGGAACUGGAUACUGAUAGUGAAUGAUCAGCCAUGAUCACAAUGAAUGGCAGUGCUGGCUCGAAGGGCCGAAUAGCCUACUCCCGCACCUAUUGUCUAUUGUUUUCAUUUAUAGCUUUGUUAUGUAACCCAGCCACAUACACAACAUAUAGUAAUUGUCUUUGCACCGUACUGUUGCUGCAAAACAAAUAUCACAUUAUACAAGACAGUGAUAAUAAAUCUGAUUCUAAAAAUCCAUGUUUUUUUUACUUUAUAUGAUGAGAUUUUGUUUAUAAUGCAUCCAUGAAUAUUGAUUCACACAAUUCAGUGUUUUACAUUUGUACUGACUACAGGCACCAAUGUAAUCAGCAGAAAAACAGUGCACAGUGCCUUCUGAAGAGCACUAGAGUGGUAACAUCUGGAUAGCAGGAGCUAGAGUAUGUAUAUAUUCCAAGAAUGAUUUCUGAGGCAUCUCCUCCUCUUCCCAUUCAUCAGGCUACUGACUAAUAUGGAUGUGAGAAAGGUGCAACAUUUACAGUAUAUGAAACCCCAAAACAUUAUAACCAUGAUUCUUUAAUUCUCUUUCCAAUUUCCACGAACGUACACAGCCCAUUUAUGAUUUUAAAAAAAUACUUGAAUGUUUGAAAAUAAACUGGUGAAAAUUUUUAAUUAUACCAACUAUCAUUCCGUAUUCUGAAUAUUUAUUAAACCAGCAUAGAAUGCCAGACAGCCGUUUGUCUAAGCAGCUGCUGUAUGGAGAACUGUGUCAGGGCAAGCGCUCAGUUGGGGGGCAGAAGAAACGUUACAAAGACUGCCUGAAAGCGUCCCUCAAAGGCCUGGGUGUUGACAUCAACACGAGGGAGACGCUUGCCCUUGACCGUCCAGCUUGGCACAGCAAGAUCACCACAGGAGCCCGUGCAGCUGAAGUCAGGCGCAUCAUCGAGGCGCAAUGAAAGCGUGCUGUGCGCAAGGCCCGAGCAGCAUCCACUGCCACGACAGCACCCACCCACUUGUGUCCCACAUGUGGGCGAGCCUUCAGGGCCCGGAUUGGCCUCAUCAGUCACCUCCGGACCCACAGCCACCAAUCUCCCAUUUGACUUUGAAGUCAUGCUCAUCUUCGACUAUGAAGGACGAACAACAACAACAACAUUACCAGUAGAACACUUUUGAAAAGCUUUUACUCGUUUAUAUUUGUGGUAGCCUUUGAUAUGAUAAGCUGAGGUUUUGAGUACAGAUGAAAAAUUUCUAUUCCCUAUUACACUAGAUCAUGUGCACUUUGAAGUAGCUUAUUUUGUCUAACACCAGUACAGCACUGUGGAUAUGUCAGGUUACGUCUUUAUUAUAUUAUAAAAUUGUGUAACGCCCAAACUCCAACACAAAACAGUUACAAGAAGAUAUUUAUAAUAGCAUCAGUCAAAUGAACCAUUUUAUUGAAAUUUUAUUUAUCAGCUAAUCUCAGCACUGUUAGAUCAUCUGGAAAGCCCAGACUUUGAGAUCAACAUUCAUACAUAAUCCACACAAAUCCAUCCUGCAACCCCUCUCUAAUUAUACGCAUCUGUAGAACAAGACCUUGGCCUUUUAACAUCUGUUCUCAUAAAAUAUUGAGGCCUUUUUAAUUUGCAGGUCAACUGCAGGUCAAGGUCCAAAAUAAACACUGCAAUUUAUUUUAAGCUGAAAUAAAAUGCAAAACUCAGCACAAAUUUAGUUCAAGCGAUAGCAAAAUAAUACACGCCACAAAUGUUGAUACAUUUGUUGCCAAAAAGUUUUAUUUGCAAAAACUAUGAUCAAUGAUUUAAUAAACUCAAUAUAUCUUAGAUGAUUGUGUGUAGCUUUUACCUAAACAUAUGACUUCCAUUGCAUUAAUCUUAAGAAUAAGUGCAUGCACUGACAAGAGUUAAGAUAUGACACUAGUAAAGAUGGCUAUACACAAAUCAGUUAAAAGAAUUAAGAUUCCAUCUGUUUACCAUGAGUGUUUUCUAAUUUGCUAAACUAAUUUUAGAAUUGAUAUCCAUUUAAUCGAAAUGCAAAAACACCAUCUACUAGUUCCUUCCAGAAAAGAUUCAUCAUUUUGUUAACUCUGCUGCUUGAGUUCAGCAUUAGUUAUGAAUAAUUUAUAUAUUAUCAUAAGCCAUUAACCCAAGUGACUCCCUAACCUGAUGUUAGUAAAUCUUUAUGUCAGCUUCGUAAUGGCUUUUUAAUGACUGACAAGUUUAUAUAUUGCCCACUUACAGGUUUUAUUUCAAAUGAAUGUACUUCAUUAAAUGCAAGUCAUAACAGAAUCCCAUUGGAAUAAAAGGUUUUAGAAUAUUGACUUUUACAUUUUUUGGAAAAGCCACAAAGGCACAUAUAUUAAUUAAUUAUACUACUUACCAUUAUAUCAGCAUUUAUAUUGCGGCUAUAAAACUGAGCUCCAGAGCAACCAAUAUUUGGACAUCGUAUUGUCAAAUUCAUCUUGACAUUGGCAAUUAAUACACAUGUUCAAGUUUGUACCAUACAUCAUAUACCUUCCAUAUUGGUAACUUAUCAAUUAACACUCACUGGAAGCAUGCAGAAUCAAGAGACUCAUAUGCAUAAAUCGCCUCACAAUGCUUAAUGAGAGUGCUACUAAAUUAGAGCUUAAAACUCAUGUUUUCUUAUUAUCGUGCACAGCUGAACACUGCCUCUGCAGCAGGAUCUCACCCCUGCAGUAGUAUUUAUAAAAGGAUUGUCAACUACUUACAGUCUUCCUGAUGAUUGAUUUCUAUGGGCUGUUGUUUUAAUUUUAAGAGGAUUUGGUAUUUUCUACUGCUCUUUAAAGUUGCUAAAGUUUACAAAGAAGUGCAAGGAGUGUGUGCCGAAGGAACAUCUUGACUUAAAGCAUCUGCAUACAGGGUUCAAGCAAUGACCCCUCACUAGAUGUUCCCCUUGGUGCAUUGUGUAUGAUGGAAUGUAGAGACAAGGAUGAGACCAAGAAGAGGAGACAGAACAAGCCAAGAGAAAAUAGGUCAAAAAUACGCUAGGAAGAGAAGCUGGAGCUAUUAUCUGUAUUCUUCUCAGGAGUUAAAUAUGCACUAUGACCUACACUUUUACAUGGAUUUCUGCAAAUAACAGCACGAGAGCAUAUCCCUCGAGUAAGAAUAUCCUUUUGAGCAUAUCACCUUUUCUAGCCACAAUUUCCAUCUUGUAACAGGGCAAGGACUGUUUUGCCAAUAAGGUUCAGGGAGCAUGAAACUUUGGGCACUGGGACCUUCCAAGCUGGACUGAAGAUAUGUACAAUGCUUUACUAUUUGUUCCCUCUGCUAUACAUGCAAGGUUAUUUAUGGAUUCUACUACUUCUAAACAGGUGGCCAAAUUUUAUUCCCACUGUUAGGCAGCAGCAUACAGCAAAUGGAUUCAAGGCUCCUCCAUGGUGCUGUGAAUCACAAAACACAUGCAAGACUGUUUAAGAUAUUGAACAGUCAAAUGGGAUUCCACUGUUUCAAAGUCCAGCUUUUGCGUGACCAGACAAAGCACAUCAUUCAGAUCAUUGAUUAUUCAAGGACAUAUGGCAAUUUCUUCAACGUGAUCGAGUCUGCUGUAUUAACCACAGUUAAACCACACAAAGCAAAUGUGUGGCUGCUGGACGACGAGCACUUUCCACUGAAGUUAUGCUUCUUGAAUCCAAUGUGCAGCAUCCACGUGAAAUUGGAUGCAGCAGGAAACUGCUAUUCCUGGCUAGAUUUUCAGAAGAGAUUCACAGAUCCUGCAGAGAUUUCAAGAGCAGUAUUUCCUCACUCAAUGUCACACAACCUUGCUAUCAUAAAGACUGAGACACUGCUACUUGAUAUUUAGCAAAGAGAAAGAGAUAUUAGAACAGAGAGGGGGCGCUCGAAGAUCCUUCCUCAAUCCUCUGAUCAACUCAUUAAACCACAUUAAUAAACCAAAUCUCAACUCAGCAGUAGUUCCACAUUAGCUUUAAAAGUGGUUUUAAAUUUAAAUACAUGUUUUAUAAUCAGGUUUUAAGAACACAGAGUUACACCGCCAUCCUGCUGCACUUUGUAGUCUCGUCUGGUCCGCCUUGGCUCAGACCUCCCGCGCCCGCUUGAUCUACCCACCGCAGCACCGUGCGGCAGGUAGCCAGUAAUGGAGGAGGUGCAGCGCGAUGAACAUAGCAGUACAGACACAAGGACGUCCAACCCCACCGCCCUCCAACAUCAGAAUACAGAGCUGACCCAGCAGGAGUCGGUGCAGUUGGAAAGUGAGUAUCUCCAGCAAUCGUCGAACGAUGCAUCCUCUUCACAGAAGUCCCAUGAGUUACUCUCCAGUUGCCCAUCAUACACGAAGAUCCUGAAUGAGUUGUCAUCGGGAGACGCAACAACCCAGAAGAAUGACAAAGGGAACAAGGAGGCCGAUGCCAAUCCCCUCACCACCUUGACGGUCCCUACACCUGUCUAUCACCAAUACAUUGCCAUCACUCCAGGUGGAACCAUCCAGCUGGCCAGUGUGGGGGCUGAAGGUGUCCAUGGUCUGCAGGCACUCAACAUCAGCGCCGGGGCUGUGCAGCAGGGGACCACCAUUUUACAAUACACACAGACGACAGAUGGGCAGCAGAUCCUGGUCCCCAGCAACCAAGUUGUAGUGCAAACUGCCUUGGGGGACAUCCAGAUCUACCAGAUCCAGACCACUCCAACCACCAACUCCCUGUCACACACGGUGAUGAUGACUUCACCCAUCACCCUCCAACCACAUGCCAUCAAGACUGAGGAUGCCACGCUGAAGCAGGAGAUCCAGCUGAUGAAGAACAGGGAGGCUGCAAGGGAGUGCCACAGGAAAAAGAAGUACAUGAAGUGCUUGGAAAACCACGUGGCAGUGCUUGAGAACCAGAACCAGAUUCUAAUUGAGGAGCUGAAAACCCUGAAGGACUUUUACUGUCACAAAACUGCCUAGGCACUUUGUCAAACCCUGAACCCUCCCCAAAUAGUGCUCUCUGACUGGAAGGGCAUAGGCACUGUUUUUAGAAACUACAAUUUACAGAUGCAUUGAAGGAUCUAAGGCGUAGGCAGGGGAUCUGGCUGUGGCUCUGGAUUCUCUGGACCAGCACCUCUUCUGGAGUAAGGGAGAGCCCCGUAGAGAGAGAGAGGAAAGGACUCGCAAUCACUGGACCAACUUCAUCAGUCACCUUUAGCACUUAUCCAGCAGACUCUGUUUCAACCCCCUCUCCCACGGCAGUACUUUGUAUUGUAUGUUUGAAUAAUCAAAAAAAAAAUUUAAAAAGAACAGAGUUACAAUAGUAACAUAACAGGAGUAGAAGCACCAUUUCAGUUUCAUGAUUCAUUCGCAUGCCAAAGGCCUCCAAUGACUCCAAUGUUAUUCCCAACAUCAGGCAUAUCUUUAUGUUGACCCCAAGGUUCCCUUUAUUAUACUAAACUUAUCUCCUUAGCUUACUCUUGAAACCUAGUUGCACAAUUUAAAAAAAGUACCCUAAAUGAUUGAAAGUAGAAUUUAUCCAGCUUUUGUUUCAUGACUCAACACUGGGAGCACAGUUCUUUACUACAUUGCUUUCAGUCCAAUGAGUUCCUUGGCAUAUCAUGCAAAUAUAUUUGUAUUUAUGUAAAAAAAAAAGUGCCAAAUUAGGAAGUAGAUUUAAUCUGGAUCACACGUUCUGUUUGAAGAAAAUUGCAUAAAACCAACAGGACAGGAGUUCUACUAACCAGAUUUUUAAAUACUGUUUUUAGUGCUGGAAUGCUACAAUUAUAGCUUCAAGAUCAUAGUUUAUUUUAUUAUUAUUUCAGGUGAUGCAUGUUUUGGUUGUAAGACAAGCGUGUAGUGUCCAUCUCAAAUUAUCCUGAAGGUAACAAUGAGAUGUCUUCUUUAACUGUUACAUUAUAUAUGGAAAAGGUGGUUCCACAGUGCUAUCAGAUAGAUCAAAUUCCUAAAAUACAUUAAGAAUGAAAGGAACAAAUAUUUUCCAACCAAGGAUGAUGCAUAGCCUGGCAAGAUACUCUAGUAUUGCCAGGAGUCAAUUUUGUUUUGUCCUUCUAGCUGUUAGAGGGAAUAGUGUGAGAAAUACUGCUGAAAUAGUCUUGGACAUUUUUUUGCUGUGCAUGCCAGCAGGGGAUGAAGUAGUUUCCUUUCAUUCAGUGUGAAGUUGCAAUUCAAAUAUACCAAAAUAUGUCUGCUGCAGUGCUAUAAUAUAUUUAAGAGAUAAUCAUGGUGAUCAGUCAUCUCAGAAAAUUAUUACAUGAUUAUUGCCUAAUAUACUGAAUUGGUCUCAUUAAAUCAUGUAAUUUAAUCUAUUAGUAAGACACAGCUGUUACAUUUAGUACUGCACGCAUUAUACGGAACUCACUUGGUUAUAUUAAUGAGUGCAGAAAAAUUGUAAUUUGAUGAGCAUGCUGGAUACCUGUAUAAUUUUUAAAUUAGUUUAUAAUGUGUUCUGAUUAAUCAGUAGCUGAAAAACAACUCAUAUGGCCAGGUGGUUCUAAUAAUAUGCAGGGUACUGAAGUGUAUUUUCACAAAUGGGUAAAAAUCCAAUGAUUGAACAUUCAAUUUGAUCUAUUUUCAAUUUGGAGACUGCACUCUGGGCACAAACAUACUAACAUCAUUUUGAAAUUCCAAAGCACACUGAUAAACUAAAUUAAUAACCAAGUGGGAAUAAAGAAAACAGAAGCAUGCAGAGGGUGGGAAGAGGAGGAAAAAAAAUGGUAAAAGGAGAUCUAAUAAAUUUUAGAACCAUUCAGAAUGUCAUAGCUUUGGCCAGCUGAACUGACAAUAUAAGCCAAACUUUUAUAGAUACAGCAAUGUAAACCAAUAAUGUCACCCAAGUCUUCAAUAUUUAUCAAAUUGUCAAUUAAAAGUGCAAAACAGACUGAAAUAUGAUUUGAAGUAUGCUUUACACAUAGUAUUUGCAGUGUUAUUUCUUAAUACAUUAGGUAAAUGCAUUUUAGAUUUAUAGAUACUGAUAAGGAAGUAAACUUCAUCUUGAUCAGACAACACAUAAAGCAAGAGGGUUCACUGAUGUACAGCCAUCUGUUAUUUUGCAUUUUAGUGUGCACAUGAAAUGAACCUGCACAUUAGAGUCUGAAGUAAAUGUAAUUUUUUUAAAAAAUUACAAGGUUCUCAACCUUUGUUAACUAAAAUAGAAAUCAAUGCCAUUAUCUAUGGUAGAAAAUGUUUUAAUCGAAAUUUUUGUAAUGCAACUUUUUUCUGUGCAAAGCCUUAUUAAUUUGUCACUGAUUAAUGUGGAAAAAACUGAGUAAUAAAAUAUUAAUUUGUUUCUUGGCAAGAGAUAUACCAGGAUGCAAUUUUUCUUUUGCAUAUAGAUUGAUAAAACAAUUUUCUGCACACUUUGAAAGAAUUUGACAAUGCAAGGAACCUCAGAGAAGCCAUCAAUCAAGAACUGGCUUCAGGCUCCAGAAGCAAAAAGGAACAGAGGAUUUGAGGAAGCUCUAAACGCAAACUUCCCAGGGAGGAGAUAUGGUUUCAUAACAAUGUGUUUAAACAGAUGACUUAGGCAUCCAAUUUGCAUUGUUGAUUUCACCAUUCAGUUAUGCUAUUAUAUUUCCCUAUUUUGCAAAUAUAUCUCCGAGCACUUCAGAACUACACAAAAAUAUGAAUAUACUUCAAUGAGACCAAUUAGACUCAUACCCAUUUUCUACAGCUCCAAGAAGAAAAAAAAUAGGAGGUUGAAGGGACAGCAUCUGUUUCACAUGGCAGCAAAUUUACUUCAACUUUUGAUAUACAGUAUCCUAUUCACUUGGCAAUACAAUAUGGGUUGCUGUACUUUUUCUGCCUGCUGUUCCUUCCUUCUUUGCCAGGCAUUUAGAAUACCUUUUCAGGCAAACACAAGCUCCAGGAGACAUGUAAAAUGAAAGAUAAACUAUUAACACCCUUUGGCUAGAAGACUAAUGCAAAUGCCAGAGGGUUGGACAUUAAAUUUAGAUGGUUAUAAUGAGCCAAUGACAAGCUCAUGAAAUAAAUUACUUGCAAUUAUUAACAUGGACAAGAUUUUACAGUAAUGCUUAUUCAGGAAACUUAAUUACAAAUAUUGCAUACUUACCAAACUGUACAGAGUCUACACAAAUCUUCUUCACAAGGAAGACAAUUGGCAGUGGCAUAUUCCAUAAUGUAGCAAAACUAUGACACCUUUCUAUUGUUAGGGAUCUUAUUUCAUCAUGAUCCACCAUUUUUGCUUACUUGAUAUAUUAUUAAUCUAGUUAUAAUUAUUCAAUGAAGUUUGACACUUUAACUAAGUGUCAAAGUGGAGGAUCUUUCCUGAUUUCUUAUCUGUAGUGAUGAAAGCAGCUUGGAAUUUGAAUCAAAUUAAGCAAUCAGGUUGACUCACAACUUUAGCCUCUACUUACUGACUUAUCACAAGUGAAUCUUUUAUAAAGAACAUAAUUAUGAGACAAAGUAGACUAUUUGGCCCUUCAAACUUGCUGACAUGCAACAAGUUCAUGGCUGAUCUUCCACUUCAGCUUCAUUUUUCUGCUCUAAGCUUUAUAUAAAACAAUUCCCAUAAUAUCCAGAAAUUUACCUCUAUUUUAAAAGAACCUAAUAACUGAACCAUAGCUGCACAUUGGGGGCAAGUGCACCCUCUCCAUGAAGAAACUUCUUUUCACCUCAUAGUUCUAAAGAUCUUCUGCCAAGAGGAAACAGUCUCCCAACAUCUACUUGACAAGCAGGUUUCAAUGGGAUAAUUACUCAUUCAGGGUUAUAUAGGCCUCAUCUACUCACUCUCUCCUCAUACAGCCAAUUCAAUACACCAGGAGCCAGUCCUAUGACUCCUUUUAUGGCUCCAAGGUACAAUAUUCCUAGUGCAGUCUAAUUAAGGCCAUUGUUAACUGCAGUAUUACCUUUGACUAUCUGCAUGUCAAUCCUCUCGUAAUCAAGGCCAACAUCAAGACAUCCAAGUCCUUUUGAACAUCUAUUCCCAAAGAACAAAAUCUGCCAAAAGGUCAAGAUAUGCUCUACUUUUCUGUUUGGAGCAAAGUGGAUGGCUUUGAAUUUUCCAUAAUUUACAUGUUAUAUUCUCAUCCACUUUCUUGGCUUGGCCAUAUUCCCUUACAGCCUAUUUACAUCAUCCUCCCAGUCAGCUUUGUAUCAUCAGUAAACUUGAAUACGAAAUUUAGUCCCCAGCCAAAUUAUUAAUGCAAAUUUUCAUUAACUGGAAUCCAAGUACCAAUCUCCACUGAUCAGGGCUAUAUUACUGCUUCAGAUAGUAGCUUUAUAUGACUUUUAAUUCAUCAUUAGUAGCAACUUAAAAUGCUGUAUAUAAGAAACAAAUGAUUAGGCACAGUUUUUUUAAAUGCAUACAAGGCAUGUAUUCUAAACUGGAUUUCACAUUUUUAGAUGAAACAUAGCACAUUUACAAACAGAUGCAAUAAGUUAUUACUUCUAAUGGAAUCUGUGAAACAUGGAAUCCAAUACAGUAUUAGUAAAAAUGCUACAUUCAUCAUUUUGUUUUUGCAAGGUGAGUGGCAAACAA